AUGAAUGACAAGGUUUUGAUCAACUUGGACAAAAUUCUGGUCAAGCUUGCUUCCCAGAUAGAAAAAACUCGCAGUACUAAGAAAGAUGUGGAUCAUCGGAUAAAUUUGUACACUACAAAAAUCACAGAAAAAAAGAAUCAAAUUGCUUGUUUGGAGGAAAAUAUAAAAAAAGGCAACGAGGCAUUUGAUGAUUUGCAAAAGCAGAAUGAGAGCUGCAAGAAUAUCUGUAAUGUCUGGAAGCCCACCUAUACAAUUCUUAAAAAGCAUGGAGAAUAUUUGAAAAAUGAAAUUAAAGCUUUAGAGGAAGCUACAGAAAAUGAGAGGAAAUUAUAUGAGGAUUCCAUAACCCAGUUGAGAGAGAUCUUGGAGGAACAUCACAAAAAAUAUACAGAAACUGCUCUUGCCAAGAAGUAUUACCAAAAAAGGGAAGAAGUUGAAGAAAUCCAAGAGAGAGUUUUGAAACGCCUUGAAAAAUACAAAUGGAAGGAAGAUACUUGCUUGAAUACUCUGGAGGCUGUUCCUUUUAUAUCCGUAAAUGAUUGGGCUGUACACAUUGCAUCUAUGAGGAAAAAAACACAGGAAACCUUGCAGCUCACUGAAGCUGCUGUGCAGGAAACCAUCAAACUGGAAAAAGAAGCAGAAGAAUUACAAAUGAAAAUUGACUACUUAAACAAGACCUUCAAAGAGACUAAAGAAGAUCAAAAUAAUUCUGAAAAGAUUGAAGGAAAAAACCAGAAAAGUCAUGAGAAGCUAGAAGAGUUUACAGAAAGGGUGUUUGAAGAGCGUGAACAGCCAUCUUUGCCAAAGAAGAAACAUCAGCUGUACAGAGCAUUGCCUGUGCCUUGCAUUUCUCGGAAAUCUGUCCAGUCUGUAGGGAGUUUUAGAUUUCAGAAACGACCAGAAACAGGGAGAGAAGAAAAAGAGAAACCAGUGGCCACCAGCAGUUCCUCCAGCCUUACAAAAAAUUUAUCACAGGUGUGUUGCUCUACCACUGCAAGCCAACAGGCCAAACGUGUCAAUGAAGAAGCAGAUGAACACAUGGACUGUUCGUAUGUACCUCAAGAUGUGCAUACAGGUUUUAAGCCAAAUGAAGAUAAUCCCAGCAUAGCAGAAGGAAGUGCAGAACCUUUCUUAAAAGCACCUAAAACACCUGACUUAAAGGGGGAAAACCUACACUUCUCAAAAGUAGCUCCAUUUGACUCCAUUCAAAAUUUAGGUUGUGAAGAAGGAAGAUCAAAAUCUCCUGCUUUCUUUUCUUUCAUGAACUUCUCCCAGAAGUCACCAGGCUUUAAUUUAUUUGAUUCUUCUCUGUUUGGAGCACAAAAUUCAUCUGAUGAGACAGAGGGAAAUUAUUCUGUGGGAAAACUGAGCUCUCUGUCCCCACACAAAGAUCUUGGAAGCUUCUUUGGGAAACCAGAAAAUGAGGAUGCAUUUACCUUUCCCUUCCACUCAGAAUCAACUUCUCAUGCAUUUGGAGAUGGAAAAGAUGACGUUGGUUUUUCAUUUGCAUUUGGACAGGAUCAGAGUUCACCCCAGUUUCCUUCUAUGGGAGGUUUUCAUUCUUCCAUACAAAAUACAAAGCCAUUUACACUCUUUUGA